AUGCCGAGUUCUUCGCGCCAUACGCGCACUAUCAGCCCGCCGCUGACAAGUGUGAGCUAUUCGAACGCGACUGCCGUCGCACAGCAGCAGAAGCUGAAUGUUGUAACGCGUUUGGCGAUUGAGGGAAAGUCGAAGAAGGGCUGGGAUGGCGCGUCCAUCAAAGUAUACUUGAAGAAGUCUACAGAGGAAAACCUGAAGGUUUUGGACGCUCAAGUCCAUCCUUUGGACAGCAACUCCGUGCCUUACAACUUCUCAUCAACCGAUGCGCCUCUACUCCACAAGGCAGCGCGUGCCCUCAACCUGGCAGCGCGUUUAACCACCCCAUAUGUCCCACCCGCGGACCUCCUUUCCUCGUCCACGAAUAUCCCUCCUUUGGAUGCCAAGUACACGGGAAAUAUUCUUGUCAGUGGAUAUCACAUCUCUUACAUUAUCCCGAGAGAAUUUCCCAAACGAGAGCGCGACAGCCGCACCAGACGCGGUUCAAACGUAAUGCACUUCAUGGCAGCGAUUGACCUGUGGGUGCCGUUUUUGUCAAAGCCACCACUCGCGCCCUACUUGCUCUCCCUUCCUGUGCCUCGAUGUUUGUCCAACCACAUCAGACUGCACAUCUUCCCUCCUGGCCAGUCGACAUCAUCUUCGCUUGCCUCGCUCUCUUCUGCGGACGAGGACGGCAACGCAUGGGAGCUCACGUCCGACCCGCACGUAACGCGCAGCCCUUCAGCGCGUUUGUCCCGCUCUCACUCGUACAACAACUUCGCCGACGAUGAAUCAAGCGACGCGUCGACAACGGCUGGGUUCCCCGAGGGUUGCGGAGUACAAGGCUCGUUCCCGAGUACCGAUCGCAUUCGUGUCCGAUGGGCAUCUCCUCCGAAGCCAGGCCAGAUACCUGAGACUGCUGACGGUCGUCGCAGAGUCGGCGUCCGGGAAGUGAAAGGUGACAUGCUGUGCACCGUUCUCGCAAAACACAAGGGCAAGGGCAGAGACGCUGAUCCCGAUGGCCUGGUCGUCAAGGUUGACUAUACUGCGACUUGCAAAGGUAUAUGGUUCCCUGGCGUGGCGACGUUGCUCGGUAUGGACCUUGGCCUCGAGGCUGAUGAUUACGACGUCGCCUGGGCUUCGAACGAUGAACCCCGGUGGACAGUGACUGGCGGCCUUGGUUUCACCGGCUUUGCUGUCGGAGGCGAAUAUCCACCCUCGAUUUAUGUCUUGCCAUCGUCCCCAAACGGCAAGAUGGUCAACGGCAAUUCGCACAUUCCAAUCAGGUCCAGUUCCAACAGCUCUAUGGCCUCGACAAACUCAAGCUCGCUCUUGCGAGCGCCACUCCCUGUGCACAACGUCGCCGAAUAUUCAUUCGAGAGCUCUCCUGUGUCAACACCCUCAGGCACAGUGUCAUCCCUUCCCUCCCUGUCUGCGCCGUCAAGUCCGGAACGCGCGCGUAGACGCCGAUCUUCAUCCAGGCAUAGGGAUCACAACGGCACGGAUACGGAGAUCGACGACACUCAGGACGAUGUGCGGCCGCCCAGGGCACCGAUCACUGUUCAUCUGAACAUGAAUGAACUGUCACCGCCGCCGAAGAACAUCUUUACUUUCAGCGUCUCCGGAACCAUUCUCAUCUGUCCACGUCGAUCACCGACGACGCCCGAUUCGCGACGAUCCUCUCCGGCUUCCUCUGAAGAUGAACACAACGACGACCCGAUAUCCCUUCCGAUCUUCCGGAUCUUUUACACCGAUCAAGAGACGACGUCUACGAUCGUCCGGAACGAAGCUCGCCAAGCAUCUGUCCAUGUCUUCACCAGAAGCAGCAAAAAUCGCGACACCAAUGUCCGAAAGGCAGUCCUCAUGAAGGGCAACCAGGUCUCUUGCGGGAGCGAACCCGCGCGUAUCGUCGUGUCCCGCAUCCCCGCUUCACAACUUCGGGGACGCCGUCCAAGCGAAGAGAGUUCCGACGUCCCCUACGAUCCUACAAGACUCUCCUUGAUGUCUACCGCCAAACUUCAGCCUCGAAGAGAUGGCCCGCUCAUGAUACCCUUCGUCAACGCCACGAUCACCUCGCUCCUGGGAGAUGGGCACGCAUUCAAGAACGGCUACGCCGUCGAACUCACACUGCCGGCGCCCUCAGAUGCGGACUCUGAAUGGCUGGAAUUCGGACUUGCGCUUCCUGGCCGAGUUUCGGUUCCCAAGGUUGACGGCGCCACUGCGGGCGACUACCAACGCGCGGGUCCGCAUCCACAAAUGGAGAUCGCGAGUGCUAGCGUUGAGGGUGUCCCUGUUCGUUGUCAAACAACUGCUGCCGUCAAGCCGCAAGGCGGCCUGGUCGGGCUGGGUCUGCCGUUUGAGGAGACAAGCGGCAAGGACUGGAUCAGCUGGGUCUGCGUUCAUGUCGGUCAAAUUGGCGGAGGCAGGAAAAGAGCAGGCACGACCGACGACAAAACGGAUAAGAAAGGGAAACAGCGAGAAAAUCUCGCUGUUCCUCUGGAAAUUCUACUUCCCAGUUUUGCUAUGCCCGUAGGCUUGCUUCAGGUUGAUAUACGGGUACAAGAAGGUGUUAUAGGCUACGAACUGUCGUCCUUCGACACGAAUCUCAUGCACCAGCAAAGAUCUCCACACGGUCUGCGUCUUUUGCAUUAUGCACUGAACGAAUUCCACUAUCCUCAAUAUCCGUCCGCGUCACCCCUAUGGCUGGUCGCGAAGGUUGCUGGCGUACUCUUGAUGUUCACCAUCAUUUUCACCCUCGCGACUGAUCUCCGGCGUGCUACAUCGGAACUGCAAGCCCUCAGGAAAUCAGCCUCCCAUGAUAACUUCGUCUUGACCGAGACGAUCACCUUCACACCCACCGCUCCCGCGAGCGAUCCAAAGAAAUGGUGGUUCAACCAAGAUACGACGCAGUCGUUUACUGCUACGACCAUCUCCCCGGACACCUCCAGUCUAGGAAACAACCUGCCGGAAGACCAUGUUCAUUUAGAGCCGUCGGCGUAUACAUUUAUGCCUCCCAGUACGACUCGUCUUGUCCAGGAAAACGCACUUCAGACCACAGACGCACCUACGACAAUCAAUGACCCGUACUCACUGAUGCUUGCACAAUACUUCUCAUUCUCCUGGUCGUGGCAGCGUCUCCUCCCGUCGAAGUUCGUAGACGCGCAGUCCGCAAAGAACGCAGCGAACGCGGUCAUCGGCGGUAUGGGCGCCGUCUGGCAAUUAUUCCGAAAAAUUAUACACUACCCUCUGGACCCUCCGUGA